AUGGAUGGAGAUCUGUGUGAGGAGAUGAAAACCACUGGGCAAAAAUGUGUGCAGGGCCCUCAGCACAGCAAGGAGGCCCUGAACAGACUCAACCAAGCCAUCCAGCAGUUGAAGAAGGAAGUGGGGAAUGCUCAGAGCCAGCCCUGUGAACUAGAGAAAGCCAAAGACUUGGAGGCCGGGCAGCAUGUGACCUCAAGCAGCGCUAAGGGCAAACUGGCCUGGCUGGAGGCCGCCCUGCAGCGGGCCAAGCAGGACAUGGCGCGGCAGCUCCGUGAGUACCAGGAGCUCAUGAUCGUCAAGCUGGGCCUGGACUUUGAGAUCGCCACCUACCGCAGGCUUCUGGAGGGCCAGCAGCAGAGGCUUGGUCUGGGACUUGGGGCAGGGAGUUCAGCUCCAGGCACCGAUGUCACUCGAGGUCCGGGCCUGACCUCAGUCUCUGUACCACCUCGGGCACCUGGAGUCUGUUCCCGUGGCCUGGAUGUGAGCGCCCCCGGCGGUGUUUGCACUCUCUGCAGCUCCGCGGGCUGUGUUGGGGGCUUUGGCUGCCGUGGCUCCCAUGAGUGUUGA